GUGGUAUCAGAGUGGGCAGAGGCGGGGAAAGCGACCGUCUUCAGUGUGGGUUUUGUGCUCAACAUAUCUGCGUCUCCUUUCCCGAUGCUCUCCCUUCCGCCCUCGCAGCGAUAACUAUUGAAUAUUCCAGUCAAAGAGGACUUGGAAAUGGCUUUUCUGGGACGCCAAUGGCUCCUUCUGUCUACAUUCUCCGUCCUCGGAGGCCUUUCCGCCACACCCUGUGAAUAUGAACGGAUUGAAUGCAAGACGAAGGGCAGUUGCAUCAAGAUGAGUGAUGUUUGCAACGGCCGAGCUGACUGCGGCGACGGUUCGGAUGAGGACCCGACUCUGUGCAAGGUGAGGUUCCCUUUUGCGAAGAAGCUUGCACGAUUUUAUCUGGAACUCUGCAACAGUCGCCGUUCAGAGUGCCUUUAUAACUUCUGUGAAAAUUCUUUUAACAAUUAUUGCAGCUAUUGUGCUGACCUUGUGGAUCCCAAGGCUUAUUUGCUUUUAACUGCCUCCGACUUUACUCACUUACUUCCAGCCGAAGACUCUGUAGAUCUGCUGAAGACGGCAGUGAACGCGACACUGACUUCCAAGUCGGAGUGUCCCAUGCUCUACGAACGCAUUGGAAAUCACUGCCUGGCGUUUUUCUCACUUUCGAAGGUGCCGUGGCCGGAAGCGAGGCAAUUCUGCAAGUCCAUUUUCGGCGACCUUGUGACCCUGAACAACGUACAAAAUUUCAUGCAAGUAAUACAACAUUUGAAAACUUCGCUAUUAACGACCGAUUUCUGGAUCGGAGGCAGAUAUGACAUGGAUGUGAACUCGUGGGCGUGGGUUGCUGAAGAAACACCCAUGCCUCUGGGUUCUCCAUACUGGGGCGAGAAGUACAUUAGCCCGUGUGUUCCUCGGUCGCCUCCGCACACAGACCCCUUCAGCGACCCCCCGAGUCCUCUGCCCGGAGCUCCUUGCUAUCACUACGUCCAGUCACCCCAACAGCGCCAGCAGGGAUGGUGCAGUGCCAUGACCUACGAGCACCACUACUACAUCACGGACGAGGAGUGCCAACAUUUCUACAGCCCCUUGUGUGUCCUUACUCAUAUGCCACAUGAGUAGGGGAAGUGACUCUGAAGUUAAUCUUAAGGUGUUACUCGUCGGCUACAGAAUGAAUUUUCCUUCAACAUAGAGUUAUUCUUAUGUCUGGCUAUGUUUCGAGUCCUAUGCUAGGCUGUUUACUGUCUUUAAUAGAACGUGUUUGAAAUACGUGUAGGUUAUGAUAUAGAGAAAUACACUGUGGUAUAUUUUUAUUUUCUGAUAUUCACUGGCUCGAUUCUAAUUCAUGUAGAAUAUAGUUUACAAUACUGUAUUCAAGGAUGUUUGUUUUACUAAAAAUUAAUGGCAAA